AUGUCCAACGGUAGCAUCAUCAGCAGAACGACCAACUACAUCUUCUCCAAGGACUUUGUGAAAUACAUUUGCUCCACCCACUUUUGGGGACCCGUUUCCAACUUUGGAAUCCCCGUGGCUGCGGUGAUGGAUCUUAAGAAGGACCCCACCAAAAUCUCCGGCCCCAUGACCGGCUCUCUGAUUGUCUACUCUCUGGUUUUCAUGAAGUACGCCACCGCCGUGACCCCCUGGAACCCUCUGCUGUUCGGCUGCCACUUUGUCAAUGAGUGUGCUCAGCUCGGCCAGGGCGCUCGAUACGUCAACUACUGGUACUUGGGCGGACGAGAUAAGGCUCUCAAGGACGGAACCGCUGCUCCUCUCCCCGAGAAACAGUAG